AUGGCGAACCGUAUAGCUACCACUGAGUCCAUUCCAAAUGAGUCCACACUGCUCAUACCCAAAUUCCCGAAUCUCGAAAGGGAGGAUGGACAGUACUCGAAGAAAAGUCUCAUUCUUGCUGAAUUUGGGUUGCUUCUCAAGGGAAGUACUCCGGUAAUUCUAGCAUACACGUUACAAAACAGCCUACAGACAAUCUCCGUUCUGAUCGUUGGACGGUCCUCGCCUGAGAAUCUGGCAGCAGCAGCUUUCUCGUACAUGUUUGCCAUGUGCACGGCGUGGUUGAUUGGCCUUGGAGGGACUACAGCACUUGAUACUCUAGCAUCUUCAUCUUUUACCGGAAGUGCUAACAAGCAUGAUCUUGGGAUCUUGCUUCAGCGUGGAUUCUUUGUUCUGGGGCUAUUCUAUGUUCCAGUUGCUAUUCUCUGGGCCCUUUCUGAACCGGUGUUCCUCUUUCUCGGCCAGGAUCCAAAUUUAUCCCGGGACAGUGCUAGGUUCUUGACUUGCUUGAUUCCGGGUGGUUUGGGUUAUAUCUACUUUGAAUCUAUGAAGAAGUAUCUGCAGGCUCAAGGUAUUAUGCGUCCGGGGACAUACGUCCUCUUGAUCACUUCACCGGUCAACGCAGGUCUGAACUAUCUCUUUUGCUACACCUUGGACAUCGGCCUCCUCGGCGCUCCGAUUGCUACAAGUAUAUCAUACUGGCUAUCGUUCGCAUUGCUUGUACUAUACACUUGCUUCAUAGCCGGCUCGGAGUGCUGGGGCGGAUGGUCACGCGCAGCCGUCCAGAACAUAGGCACAUUUGCCCGUCUAGCUUUCCUGGGUGUCAUUCAUGUUGGUACUGAAUGGUGGGCUUUUGAGAUUGUUGCACUGGCUGCGGGUCGGCUAGGUACAAUCCCACUUGCUGCCCAAAGUGUGAUCAUGACUGCAGACCAAGUUCUGAACACGAUUCCGUUCGGCGUGGGUGUUGCUGCAUCCACAAGGGUUGGCAAUCUCCUCGGCGCUAGGAAUGCCCACGGAGCAGCUCGCGCCGCCCACACAGCUGCAUUCGUUAGUAUUCUGCUCGGCGGAAUAGUCCUAGCCGUACUGAUGGGGACACGGCAUUCGUUUGGAAGGAUAUUCAACGACGACGAUAACGUAGUGCGCCUUACCGCUGAGGUUCUUCCCUACGUGGCACUCUUCCAAAUUGCAGAUGGUCUAAACGGCAGCUGCGGGGGCAGUCUACGAGGGAUGGGCCGUCAACACAUCGGCGCACUUGUCAAUCUGAUUAGCUAUUAUGGUGGCGCAUUGCCACUCGGUAUCUGGCUGGCCUUUCAUGGCUGGGGUUUGAAAGGGUUGUGGGUUGGCCAGUGCAUUGCGUUAUACUUGGUUGGGGCUCUAGAAUGGGCUAUUGUCUAUCUGAGCAACUGGGAUAAAGAGGUGGAUAAGGCGUUUCAGAGGAUGGACGUGCAGGCUCGGCUUGAAGACGGUGUCGUUGAUACGUCGGUGAUGUAG